AUGAGAAUGAAUCAAAUCGUAUAUGUCGGUUUUUUCAUCUUCAUCAAUCAUAUUCAAAUUUGUAUUUCUGCUAAAUCUGAACAAGAUUAUUAUCGAUAUUUAGAACAAUAUGGUUAUACACCUAAACUUGAAAAUCGACUCUUAUCAGUCUCGGGUAAAUCGAGUGCCAAUGAAGGUAUUAAAACAUUUCAACGUCUUUAUAAAUUGCCUGAAACGGGCGUACUUGAUGAACCAACUAAACAACUUAUGCAACGUGCACGUUGUGGAAAUCCAGAUAUAGGUAUUCUUAAUGCUAAAAAGCGUACUAUCAAUGAUGGUAAACUUAGAUCUUCACCAUCAAAUCAAGGACGAUUAGCUAAUAUAAAUGAACCUGAAGAUUAUGUAACAUAUGAAAAAACUUGGCCAACAAAACACUUAAAAUGGUUUAUUGUAGAAUAUCCAAAACAACAAAAACAUAUAAAAUCUCAUGAAGAUAUUCGUCGUAUAAUAAAUCAAGCAUUUUCUGAUUGGGAAAAACAUUCUGGACUUACAUUUGAAAUGGCUAAAACAAAAGAAGCGGCUAAUUUCAGAAUAAAAUUUUUUUCAAAUGACCAUGAGGAUGGAUAUCCAUUUGAUGGUCAAGGUGCAACAUUAGCACAUGCCUUUUAUCCAAAAAGUGGUGAUAUACAUUUUGAUGAUGAUGAAUAUUUUACAGAUGAUUAUACAAAUAAGAAUGAUCAAUAUACAUUAAGACUUGUUGCUGCACAUGAAAUAGGUCAUGCACUUGGUUUAUCACAUUCAUUUGAAGAAAAUUCUCUUAUGUUUCCUGUUUAUCAACAAUUUGAUUCAAAUUAUAGUAUAUCAAAUGAUGAUAAAGAAGGUAUUCAAAGUUUAUAUGGCAAAGCAGAUGAGAAAUCAGCAGUAACAACAAAUUUAUCACCAAUAACAUCAACUCGUUCUUCUGAUGUAUUACCAAAGGAUAAUUGGUGUUCAGGAGAUUUUCAAACAGGUUGUGAAGGUCCUGAUGGCGAUCUUUAUUUAUUUAAAGAUACUCAUGUAUGGAGAUAUCGUGCACGAACCAAACAUGAAUGGGAUUCUGAACCAAAGUUAAUUAGUCAACGUUUUCCAUCCUUCAAAGAUGCAACAGUAACAGCUUGUGUUAAAUCAGUAACUGGUUACUUAUAUUUAUUUCAUAAGUAUGAUAUGUGGAAAGUCAGAACACAUUGGUCUAUUCAAGGACCACAUAAAUUACACGGAAAAAAUUAUCCACAAAAUUCUCGUGUUGCUUUAUUUCAUAAUAAUUCAAUAUAUUUAUUACAAAAUGAUUUAGUUUAUUCUUUAAAUGAAUUUAAUUAUAAUAGAGAAUUAGGCGUACAUUCUAUUGCGACAAUACUUGAUUCACCACCAAAAGAAUCAAUUCAUUCAGGUUUUACAUAUGAUAAACGACAUUAUAUAUUUACAAGAAAUCAUGUUUAUGUUUAUGAUUCAACAGAUGGAACUUUAUUAACUGGUUAUCCGAAACCGAGAGCAAAUGGUUGGUUUGCAUGUGAUGCAACAUCAAAAAUACAAAAAUUUAACAAGCAAACAACAAGAGGAUAUCAUAGAGAUGAUGAACGAGACAGACAUUAUGAUCGUCAUCGUCAACAUGGACGAAGACGACCAUCUCAUCCUCACCCUGAUAGAGAUCGCCAUCAACAUCAUUGGAAUGAUUAA